CAGACUGCUUUCACCGACAACAUACCCCGUAUCUCAUUCUCCUGACUUGACUGCUUUAAACUUCAUCUUCGCUAUCGUCCACGACGUUCUCUCUCUUCUCGUCAUUGUUACCCGCAGCGAGCUCAUACCUUCUCCCAACCCUUGGCUCAUUCCAUCCUAUCCCGCCUGAGUAACACCCACAAUCUCAUGGAGUUCCCCUCUAUAAACAACUUUUGGGAUCUAUCACAAACUCCAUCUCAGUUCUCUCAGCUUGGCGAUGAAGACUUUCUUACUCUACUCCAAAAACAAUUCCCAAACACAGUCACUGACCUCAAUGCCGCUGACGUUGGCGCCGUAAACCCACAGAGCAUACAGAAAUCUCCAUUGCCACGUCUUACUCCACCCUCUGAUGAUAGCAGCCCUAGCCCACCAAGUAAUAAUCAUUCCCGCUCAAGGCAUCAGUCUACUUUCUCCCGUGGAAAUGAUAACGAAGAGUCGGCGCUGAAGCGUAAGGCAAGCGAUGACGACAUGGAGGAGGGUCCAAGUACAAAGAAUCAGCAUACUGCUGAUGAUUCGAGCACCUCGAAAAAGGGGUCAGUGUUAAGGCGGAAGUCGGGAGGGUCCCAGGAUGACUCACGACUCCUCAAGCGGAAAGAACAAAAUCGUGCUGCUCAACGCGCCUUUCGAGAACGAAAGGAAAAACAUGUCAAAGAUUUGGAGGAUAAGGUGGCCGCUCUCGAGGAAAAGAAUAAAGAAGCGCAAAAUGAGAAUUCUAAUUUACGAGAUCUUCUCGCACGCCUUCAGGAGGAGAACCUUGCUCUCAAGCAAGCUCAAUUCACUUUUUCAACGCCAAAGCCGAUCGAUCAUUCACAUCGCCGUCCAAGCGUUCAACCGCCAUUUAGCUUCUUUAGCUCCCCUCCAGCAGCCCCGCCCUCUGCUCCUCCCGCAUCACGUAACUCCCCUAAGCCAUACAGCGACAUUGAUUGGAGUUCAUUAACAACAUUUGAUCCCUCAUUGCUUAGGGUAAUAGAUGAAAUCCCUUCAGGUUCUAUGCAAGUCGAUCCAUCGACCUCACCAUAUGGCCCAUAUGCAUUACCAGCUCCCAACCAGUACAAGACUCUCGCCACUAAUACAUUCUUCAUGUCGUUUGCCGAUACGCCCGAUUCCAUGUCGUUCAAUACUACCACCGACACUGACAACCCCAAUAAUAUCAAUGCUAACGGUUUGAAUCAAUUCCCGUUCAAUUACCCUUCACCUUCGAAUUCCUGGAAUAGCACAAGAAAUGGCCAAUCUACGGCAGAAUUCUCGCAAUCUGCAGGUCAUUCCGACUAUAUGCAAAACCACAGCCUAGACGAGCUUUUCGGCGAGACGUUCAUGAACGGCCAAGCACCCGUCGACUUCAACGUACUGAUGAAAAGCCCGCCCGCACCUACGCUAAGUCCCGUAACGCACGCAAACGGGACCGCACAGUCACCACCCAGUAGUAUAUCCUCACAAAACUCCGUGGCUUCCCCCCUCUCCGCAAAUCCCUUAUCCUCACCAUCGUCAGCGAGCACAUCAAACGGACAAAGCCCAUUUUGGACGAUGUCCCGACAAGACGCCGAAAGUCCACCUUCGGCCUCCGAAUCGGCAUCUAAUGUCAAUCCCGGAGGUGAUAUGCUGCCCUGUCCGACGAGGGAGGACAUCGCGAAGCAUAUAGCUGCAUCAGGUGACUCGCCGUUCACGAGUUCGCCGUUUACACAGCCCGUGGUGCGCAAGAUGAGCGAUUCUUCUCAAGGAGGCAAUAUAAUCUCUUGCAAGGGCUCGACCUUCCCGAAGACAAAGGAGAGUUCGGCAAACAUCGAAGUUCAGAAAGCGUGGCAGACGAUUAUAUCGCAUCCUCAAUUUAAGGACGCGGAUAUCAAUGAGUUGUGUACGGAGUUUACGAAGAAGGCGCGAUGUGACGGGACGAAGGUGGUUUUAGAACCAGAGGGUGUGCAUCAUAUCUUGGAGACAUUCAAAGCAAAGUCGUUGGCUCAGAAGCAACAACAACAGCAGCAAACGUCUCCCAAUUCAUCGAACUAGCCAUCACGGAUUCCCAUUUGUAUCACUAUCUGCUAGAUCGUCGUUUAUCUUGCUUUCUUCGCGUUCUGCUAUUUUUUCUAUGGCGUAUUUCCUGACUAUUGCAUAACUGUGAUGCAUGCGUGAGGAUGAAUCGUCCAGGGUAUUGUACAAUGUUCUUGGGUCGUUAAAUGACAGCGUUCGCAAAUACGGGCCUCCCCUCAAUAUUAAUUGUAUGCCCUCUUCCUGACAAAUAAUCGUAGCGCCCCUGUGCAGUGGCAAAGCCCGCUACUGUCUUCGCUCGUUGUCUCGUGGGGCGAUCCUGCUGCUGAUCAAUAUUGUUGUUUUCGUUUUCUCCAUCUAUGUAGAUAUACAUCCUACUCUAAGGUAAAUAGUUCAUGCGCAAAGGAUAGAAAGUAC